CUACUACUGUUUUGCACCAUUAGAAGGAGAAGGAUAACAACUUGAGAAACAAAAUGAGAGCAGGAGGUUGCACAGUGCAACAGACACUAACUUCAGAAGCUGCUCGUAUUGUGAAACAAGCAGUGAACCUUGCAAAACAGCGAGGCCAUGCGCAAGUAACUCCUCUCCAUGUAGCCAACACCAUGCUUGCUUCCUCAACUGGCCUUCUUCGAACAGCUUGUCUUCAAUCUCACUCCCACCCUCUCCAAUGCAAAGCUCUUGAGCUUUGCUUCAAUGUUGCUCUCAACCGCUUGCCUGCCUCUACUUCUAGCCCUAUAAUGGGUCACCAUUCUCACCACCACCCUUCACUCUCCAAUGCCUUGGUUGCAGCUUUCAAGCGCGCACAAGCCCACCAGCGCCGUGGCUCCAUUGAGAACCAGCAACAACCUCUCCUUGCUGUGAAGAUAGAGAUAGAACAACUAAUUAUAUCUAUCUUAGAUGACCCAAGUGUUAGUAGAGUUAUGAGAGAAGCUGGUUUCUCAAGUACCCAAGUGAAAAGUAAUGUAGAACAAGCUGUUUCUCUAGAGAUUUGUUCUCAAAAUCCUCCUAUUAGUAGUAAGCCCAAGGAAAGUAGUAGCCUUCUAGUACUUGGAAGUACUACUUCUCAGUCUCCAUCACCCACACCUCCUCCUCCUCUUCCAAUGGUUCAGUUUGGAGUUAAAGUAAGCAAACCAAGGCCUUUUGAUCAAGUUAGGAGUGAAGAUGUGAUGAGUGUGCUUGAGAGUUUAAUGCAUAGGAGAAGAAGUAUUGUGAUUGUUGGGGAAUGUUUGGCUAGUGUAGAGGGUGUAGUUAUGGGAGUGAUUGAUAAAGUUGAGAAAGAAGAAGUUCCUGAGGCUUUGAGAGAUAUAAAGUUUAUAAGCCUUCCUUUGAUCCCCUUUGGGCAACUAUCAAAGGAAGAAGUUGAGCAGAAACUUGUGGAGCUUAGGUGCCUCUUGAAAAGCUGUGUGGGGAGAGGAGUUGUGUUGUAUUUGGGUGAUCUCAAAUGGGCUGCUGAGAUUAAAGCUAGUUCUUUUGAGCAAGGAAGGAAUUACUAUUGCCCUGUGGAACACAUGAUUAUUGAGCUUAGAAGGUUAGUUUGUGGAAUUGGAGAGAGUGGAAGGGUUUGGCUUAUGGGAAUUGCAACUUUUCAGACUUACAUGAGAUGCAGGAUAGGUAAUCCUUCCUUGGAGUCUAUUUGGCAUCUUCACCCUCUUACAAUUCCAGCUGGAAGCUUGAGUCUGAGUCUCAACUCUGACAGUGAUUCACAAGGCCAGUUUAGAAGCAAGAGAACUGGAGAUGGGUCUGGUUUGUCUUUGCUUGAUGGUGGAAUGAAUAAGCAGUUAACUUACUGUGUUGAUUUCUCAGCCAAAAUUGAUAAUGAAGCUCGAAGCCGACCAAAUAGUAGUUACAAUGACUGUAGUUACAAUGACUCUGCCACAACUUCCACCACCUCAAGCUUACCUUCAUGGCUUAAACAGUACAAGGAAGAGAACAAAAGAUUUAUCAGUAGUGAACAGGAUUGUAUCCAAGUCAGAGAUCUCUGCAGUAGAUGGAACUCACUUGGCAGUUCAGUCCACAAUCAUCAACAACAACAACAAUCUGAUAAAACCUUAACUUUCCCUUCCAUUUCACCAUCUUCUUCUACUUCUGUCUCUUCACAAGACCAACACCCUAACAUGCACCAGUCUCACCAAGAAUGGUCCAUCAUUGUUGAACCAAAACAGUCAUGGAGGGAACACCAUUGGAUCUCUGAUUCAAAGCCAACUGUCCUAUCCAAACCUUACCUUAACUCUGGCUCUACUCCUAAUUCAGCUUCUUCAAGUGAUGUAAUGGAAGUUGAGUACCAUCAAAGAUAUAAGGAGCUCAAUGGAGAGAAUCUGAAGACUCUAUGCAAUGCACUAGAGCAAAAGGUUCCAUGGCAGAAGGAUAUAAUUCCUGAAAUAGCAAGCACAGUUCUUCAAUGCAGGUCUGGGAUGGUAAAAAGAAAGGGGAAAUUGAGAUACAGUGAACCCAAAGAAGAUACUUGGUUGUUCUUCCAUGGUGUUGAUGUGGAAGGCAAAGAAAAGAUUGCAAGAGAGCUUGCUGGCCUUGUAUUUGGAUCACAAGCUCACUUCUUCUCACUCAGCCUUACCAGUUUCUCAUUGACUAGGGCUGAUUCCACCGAUGAUUUCCGAAACAAAAGAUCAAGGGAUGAUGAUUCAAGUUGUAGUUAUCUUGGGAGAUUUACUGAAGCAAUUUGCAGUAAUCCCCACAGAGUCUUUCUAGUGGAGGAUAUAGAGCAAAUUGAUUAUCGAUCUCAAUUGGGUAUUAAAAGAGCAAUUGAAAGAGGGAAAGUAACCAAUUCAGAUGGUGAAGAAGUUCUACUUAGAGAUGUGAUUGUCAUUUUAAGUUGUGAAAGCUUCAGCUCAAGAUCAAGAGCUUAUUCUCCUAGUGUGAAACAGAAGUCAGGUGAGACAGAAGAAGAGAAAAACACAGAAUCUGAGAAAGAAAUAAGCCCAUGUGUCUCCUUGGAUUUGAAUCUCUCUGCUGAAGAAUACAAUGUCUAUGAUCAGUCCAUAGAUGAUAUUGGGCUUCUAGAAUCUGUUGAUAGAAGAAUAAUUUUCAAAUUGCCAGACUUAUAAGAAGGGAAGCCCAUGAGAAAUCUUCUGAUUAAGAGGAUUGCUUUAUUUUUUUCUUUGGGAUGAUUCAGGUUUGUUGUUUCUUUGUUCUGAUUCUUGAACAUUUCCAGUGGAUGGAAAUGAGGAGAAUCGGCAAUGUAGAUUGUAGAACUACUACUUGUGUAUUAUAUUUACCAUCUUUGUAUAAUAGG